AUUUUAAAGCUAAAGAUAUCAGUGAAUGGUUAUAUAAAAUUCGUGAUGAUAGUAUUAGACUAAGACAUUUCCUUGAUGCAAAUAAUGCAGAUGAAAUAGAAGCAAUACUCUCAGAUCGUGAAGGCCAUUCCUUACAUGAAUAUAUUGAUAGCUAA